UCAAUAUACAAAGUUAAAGUGACGUGUAUCAACAGCAAGGCGCCAGGUGUGAAAUAACAAAUCUGAUGCAAACAGUUAACCGGUAAAAAUAGCAUUUUAUAGAAAUGAAUGUAUGGAGUGUGCUUAUGGCCAAAUAACACUGCAUCUAUGACAGAAAGAAUGAGAGUCGCAUAACACUGGUAAAAGAUAAUGACACACGACUGAAGUUAGGCUACCCACAGGAAAGCAGGGACAGACAUCGAGCACUUGAGAUGCAGGGGCUACUACUGGGGAUAAAACUGGUAACAUGUGUGAGCCUGAUCCUGUUCUCAGUCAGCUGUUACAACAUGGUGGUGAGGAGUGAGGAGGCUGUGGACAACACACAGAAUGGUGGCAGUAGUUCCCCUCCCUUAAAGACAGACAAAAAUCCCAAUAUUGUCACAGACAAGACAAGUGCUCUUACCGUUGUACCUGACUCUGAAGAUGAUGAUGCUACGGUGACAACAGAGGAAGAGGGGGCUCCAGAUUUCAGCAACCUGGAUGUGUUCUACCCUACAAAAGAUUGGCAGGAGGUCAAGCCAGGUCAAGCUGUUCCAAAAGGUCUUCACAUUCGACUAAAUAUGGACACAGGUCAAAGAGAGGCUAAGCUGAUGGAGGGCGACGGUGGACUAAAAUACUGGAGCCAGGAAGGAAAGCAAGGAAUAGUCAAUACUGACAAGAAGCUCUUUACACCAGAAGACCUGAAAAAAGCACUGAAAGAAUUCAGAGUCAACAAGAUUGACGAUGAAGACACAGAGCGCAUGGAAGAGGUGAAGAAGAAAUACAAGAGCUACGAAGAACUGAAGAAAGAUCUAGAGGGACUACACAUGGACAUCAAGACGGAUCGAGAGACAGUCCUAGAACUGACCUCCAUGUUGAACUCCAGUUCUCUGGACACCACGGAGCGUGUGGAUGUCAUGGAGACGCUGCUGGACUACCUGCACCAGAUUGAUAAUGCAAUUCUGUUUUGUGACAUUGGCGGAAUGAAACUGGUCAUUAAGAAUCUAAACGACUCCAAUGCCGAGAUGAGGUCCAUUUCCUCGGCAAUUCUAGCAACAUCGCUCCAAAAUAACCCAAAAGUGAAAGUUUACUGUAUCAAAGAGGGGGUACUGCACCACUUUGUGCGCGCGCUUUCAACGGAAGUAGAGUUGCCUGUCAAGAAGAAGCUGCUUUUUGCCUUGUCUGCAAUGGUUCGCAACUUUCCGUACGCUCAGACAAAGUUCGGUGAAUUGGGAGGGUUCAGUGUCCUCGCCAAAUUGUUUACGUUGCCAGGUACCUCGGAGGAAGCUACGAAGCUUAGCGAAAGAACUUUAACGCUGGUGGUGGAUUUAUUGGAGGAACAUCAGUCUGUAACCAAGGACAACAAACACCAUUCUUCUGAGGAGCUGCUCUCACAGUACAAGAACUUUCCACUGCUAGAACAUCUCCUGCAGAACGGAUUUUGUGAAAUAGUGGGCAAUCUAUUAGAAAACAUUCCUCAGCGGGAAUUCGAGAGUACAACAGAGGUCAUUCUAAAAGCCGCCAUGAAGCUGAAAGAUUCCUGCUUUCAACAGUUUAAAGAACACACUGUCAAAUUUAAAUCUCUUCAUGACAAUUUACUAAAACUGUACCACCAAGAUACAGAAUUAGAUUUUUAUAGAGACCUUUCCGAAGUCGCCAAAAAGUUAUACCUUUUUCUGAUGGAAAAAGACGAACUGUGAUGCAUUAAUAUUAAACCAAUAUUUGGUUGUUGUUACAGUUUUGUAUAAUUUUAUAGAACAAGAGGCAUCAGUGAAGAUUGAAGUAAAUGGUCUUUAAUUAUAUGGUUUUAAAAAGAGUUUAAGGAUCAUUUUAUGAUUGAUAAAAAUUGUAUGACUGUU